AUGACUUCGAUCUUCCUCGGACUCAUGUCUGUUGUGGGGCUUCUUCUGGUAGUCUUACAGAGCAGUAGCUCUGAGAUCCAACUCGGCAACACGCACCUGCUUGCACCUGGCGUGCCCGCCAACGAGGGGUGCUUCAAGUCCGAGGGAGCCAUGCUCGUGUGUUUGGCCAAGGCAGCCACCAUCGCCACCGGCGUCGUUUCGACCGCCGAUACCGGCAGUACUCCGGGCACCGGAACGGAGAGUGCAUUGCAGAUCGCCAGAAGCCAAAUGCUGUACGACAGUGGUGACUUGCCGAUGACUUCGAGGUACGUUCAGUUGCACGACGUGACCACCCCUGUCGCCGCAAGCCCCCCCGCCGCUGUAUGCCACCCCGAUGCCCACGACGCGAUCGACAUGUGGGUUGGGCAGUUGGAGGCUAUCCUGGGAGAGCUUGCUCUCCACGCCCAGAAGGAAGAGCGGUCUGCUGGAGCGCUGAUCGCGCAGGGGCUGAGGAAGAUUGCAGCCGGGAUCUACCCAGGGGGCAUCACCGGCAAAGUGCCUGACGCAGAGAACCAAAAAACGCUCGCCGCACAGACCGCCUCCAACGGGCGGAGUGCCGAGCCCGAGGGCGCCUGGUGGGGAACGAGCGCAGGGAAGGGAUGGUGGGACUCUGCCGUUGGAACAGUUGACAGGUGGUUCGCGUCUACCUUUAAGAGCAUGCGGGAUCCCAUCAGCCCCGCACCAGCCCCUCCGCCGCACCCUCCGCCUCCGCCUCCCCCGGAGCCGACGCCUCUAACACCUAAGGUACAAACAUGA